CCGCGGCGGGGCCCGGCGCAGCGCGAAGAGGAAAUGACACCGGGCCACGGCCGAGGCACCUGCGGGAGGCCCGUCCCCACCGGCCCCGCAGCGGACCCGCGCGGCGCCCGCGACCCGCCGCAGUCACUCACUCACUCACCCGCCGCACAGCGAGGACCCGCUGCCCGGCCCGGNNAGCCCCGGCGCAGCAGCGCCGUAAAGCGCCGGGCCAUGGCGGCCGCCCGGGUGCUGCGGGCCGGUGGCUGUUGCCGCCGCCGCCGCCUCUCCUCCGCUUCCUCCUCCGGCAGCGGCCGCGCGGCUGAGCGCGGGGAGCGGCCGGACAGCGUGGGCCUGGGUUUCCGCCCCCCCGCGCACUCGCACAGCGACUGGAUCGGGCCCCCGGACAAGCACUCCAACCUGCGCCCCGUCAUCUUCUACGUGCCCCCCGAGGAGUCGGCGCUGGAGCGGCGGCUGCGGGAGGCGCGCCAGGAGGCCCAGGCCAGCAACCAGCGCUUCUGGGCACGGCACAACCGCGCCUUCCGCCAGGAAAAAGAAGAAUUUAUUUAUUCAAGACUGAAAGCCAAGGGUCUGGAAGUGAGAGAUGAAUCAGGUCAGAAAGCAACGCUGAGUGCAGAAGAAAUGGCUGACUUUUACAAGGACUUUCUAAGUAAAAAUUUUAAAAAGCAUUUGCAGUAUAACAGAAGACAAAACUGGGAGCUCCUGUAUGAAGAAUGACAUUACUACAAGCAUGCACUGCUUUCUCCUGGUUCUUCCAAAAAAAUGUGCUCUUCUCACCAGCUUCACCAAAGCACUGAAAAUAACUUGCCUGAGGGUUGAUUUUGUGGCCUCCAGGUAGGUAACAGCAAUUGGAAGGAGCUUGGUUCAAGUGAAGUCUAAAAUGCUAUGCCAUUUUUAAAUUAAACGAAGUCUCAUUCCUCACUAUCUUCUCUCUGUCCAUUUAUACAGUUAAAUUACUUUUUUUAUCCAGUACCUACUAAGAGGAUUCUGUUAAAAAGAAUGUAUGCUGUCAGAGGAAGUGUUUUCCUAAAGCUGUGCUGUAGGGAAGGUUCUGCUUUUGGAAGCAUCAUCUCAGUAGCCAUUGACCUAUUUUUUGUAUCUAAACAUGACAUGGUUUAUUCAUAGCCUUUUUCAACUGGAGCAAAAAGAGCUUUGUCCACAUCAGCUAUAAUAAUUAGUCUGCAAAAUGAAAUAAAUGUUACCAAUACAGUAGCAGAUCAGUGUUUCAUACAACUGUGGUAUUACCAGGCUAAAGUGCCCACUGAAUUGUGAUUUUACAUGUUAUUAGUAAAUGAAAACAGUCAUUAAUGGUGUUUGCUGACAUAAUAGCCAACACUUUGAAAAUAUUUGUGAAUAUUACACUGCAUCAGUACUGUAAAGGGUAUAUAUUAAAAAUUUACAAAAUGCCAUGUUUAGGAAAAUAAAUUUUUGAAAUAGA